GAGGAGGAGCGCGCGAGAGUCUCGCUGGAGCUCGUGCGCCGGCUGUCAGUUGGCCCAAAGGGCGGUGAGGAGGGUGACUGCGUCGCGCGCCUCUGAGGCCCCACAAUUUGGAUAAUUUCUCUUCUUGUUGGGUUUUUUUUUUCUUUUUUGGGGUGGAACCUCAGUGGGAGAGGUUCCCUUCCCGGCUGAGGGCGCUUCUCGCUGAGGCGACAUGCCGGCGGUGCAGAAAACAGUGUCCGAGCUGCGCUCCAGGGCCGAGGGAUAUGAAAAGACAGAUGAUGUUUCAGAGAAGACUUCAUUAGCUGAUCAGGAGGAAGUGAGAACGAUAUUUAUAAAUCAACCACAAUUCUCUAAAUUUUGUAACAAUCAUGUCAGCACUGCAAAAUACAACUUAAUCACAUUCCUGCCGAGGUUCCUCUAUUCCCAGUUCAGAAGAGCUGCUAAUGCCUUUUUUCUUUUCAUUGCAUUGCUUCAGCAAAUUCCAGAUGUUUCUCCAACGGGACGUUACACAACCUUGGUUCCUCUGUUAUUUAUUUUAGUAGUAGCAGCAGUUAAAGAAAUAAUAGAAGAUGUUAAAAGGCAUAAAGCUGAUAACGUUGUGAACAAGAAGCAGAUACAAGUAUUGAGAAAUGGAGCUUGGGAAAUUGUUCACUGGGAAAAGGUAGAUGUUGGAGAUAUAGUGUUAAUAAAAGGGAAAGAAUAUAUACCAGCUGACACUGUACUUCUCUCAUCAAGUGAACCACAAGCAAUGUGCUACAUUGAAACAUCAAAUUUAGAUGGUGAAACUAAUCUAAAAAUAAGACAGGGCUUGCCAUUGACAUCUGAUGUGAAGGACAUUGAUAGCUUGGUGGGACUUUCAGGAAGAAUUGAAUGUGAAAGUCCCAACAGACAUCUCUAUGACUUUGUUGGAAAUAUCCGACUAGAAGGACAUGGAACUGUUCCUCUGGGACCUGAUCAAAUUCUUCUGCGUGGAGCUCAGUUAAGAAAUACACAGUGGGUUCAUGGUAUAGUUGUCUACACAGGGCAUGAUACAAAGCUCAUGCAGAAUUCAACAAGCCCACCUCUUAAACUAUCAAAUGUGGAAAGAAUUACAAAUAUCCAAAUUCUGUUUUUGUUCUGCAUUCUUAUUGCUAUAUCUUUGAUUUGUUCCAUUGGGUCAGCUAUAUGGAAUCAAAAACAUGAGGAGAGGGACUGGUAUAUCAAUCUAAACUAUGCUGGUGCUAAUAAUUUUGGACUGAAUUUCUUGACGUUUAUCAUUCUUUUCAAUAAUCUAAUUCCAAUCAGUUUGUUGGUCACACUGGAAGUUGUGAAAUUUAUCCAAGCAUAUUUCAUAAACUGGGAUAUUGACAUGCAUUAUGAACCUACAGACACUGCUGCAAUGGCUCGCACGUCAAACCUCAAUGAAGAACUUGGUCAGGUCAAAUACAUAUUUUCUGACAAGACUGGCACCCUGACGUGCAAUGUAAUGCAAUUCAAGAAGUGUACUAUUGCAGGAAUAGCCUAUGGCCAUUCUCCUGAAUCAGAGGAUGAUGGCUCUCCUGCAGAUGACUGGCAGAGUACACAAACCAAAGAAGAAAAAAUAUUUAAUGACCCAUCAUUGCUAGAAAACCUCCAAAAUAAACAUCCAACUGCACCAAUCAUUUGUGAAUUUCUGACAAUGAUGGCAGUGUGCCAUACAGCAGUUCCAGAAAGAGAAGAUGAUAAAAUAAUUUAUCAGGCAUCAUCACCAGAUGAGGGGGCUUUGGUUAGAGCGGCCAAACAUCUUCAUUUUGUUUUCACCGGAAGAACACCCAACUCUGUAAUUAUAGAAUCUCUUGGACAGGAAGAAAGAUAUGAAUUGCUGAAUGUGCUAGAAUUCACAAGUUCAAGAAAAAGAAUGUCUGUCAUUGUCCGCACACCAUCAGGAAAAUUAAGACUGUACUGCAAAGGGGCUGACAGCGUAAUUUACGAUCGCCUGGCUGAAAAUUCAAGAUACACAGACAUCACCUUGAAACAUUUGGAACUCUUUGCUACUGAAGGCCUGAGAACACUGUGUUUUGCUGUAGCUGAAAUUUCAGAAAGUGAUUAUCAAGAAUGGCGAAACAUCUAUGAAAGAGCUUCAACUUCUGUGCAGAAUAGAACACUAAAACUUGAAGAAAGUUAUGAACUAAUUGAAAAAAAUCUCCAGUUACUUGGAGCUACAGCCAUAGAAGAUAAGUUACAAGACCAAGUGCCUGAAACUAUAGAAACUCUUAUGAAAGCAGAUAUCAAAAUUUGGAUCCUUACUGGAGAUAAGCAAGAAACUGCUAUUAAUAUAGGACACUCAUGUAAACUCUUGAGAAAAAACAUGGGGCUACUUGUCAUAAAUGAAGGUUCUCUUGAUGCAACAAGAGAGACAUUAAGCCAUCACUGCAGCACUCUCGGUGAUGCUUUGAAAAAGGAAAAUGAUUUUGCUCUUAUUAUUGAUGGCAAAACAUUGAAAUAUGCCUUGACAUUUGGUGUAAGACAAUAUUUUCUGGACUUGGCUCUGUCAUGUAAAGCUGUUAUUUGUUGCAGGGUUUCACCUCUUCAGAAAUCUGAAGUUGUAGAAAUGGUUAAAAAACAAGUAAAAGUAGUAACAUUGGCCAUUGGUGAUGGAGCAAAUGAUGUCAGUAUGAUACAAACAGCACAUGUUGGUGUUGGUAUAAGUGGAAAUGAAGGGCUACAAGCAGCUAAUUCUUCAGAUUAUUCAAUAGCUCAGUUCAAGUAUUUGAAGAAUUUACUUUUGGUCCACGGUGCCUGGAACUACAGUAGAAUUGCUAAAUGCAUCUUAUACUGCUUCUACAAGAAUAUUGUCCUUUACAUUAUUGAGAUAUGGUUUGCAUUUGUAAAUGGAUUUUCUGGGCAAAUUCUAUUUGAAAGGUGGUGCAUAGGUCUUUAUAAUGUGAUGUUUACAGCAAUGCCUCCGUUGACACUUGGAAUAUUUGAAAGAUCCUGCCGCAAAGAAAAUAUGUUAAAAUAUCCUGAAUUAUACAAGACUUCUCAAAAUGCCCUGGAUUUUAAUUCAAAGGUUUUCUGGGUUCAUUGUUUAAAUGGCCUUUUCCAUUCAGUAAUUCUGUUUUGGUUUCCACUAAAAGCCAUCCAGUAUGAUACUGUAUUUGCCAGUGGUAAAACUUCAGACUACUUGCUUUUGGGAAACACAGUAUAUACAUUUGUAGUAAUAACAGUAUGUUUAAAAGCUGGAUUAGAAACUUCAUAUUGGACUUUGUUUAGCCAUGUAGCUAUCUGGGGCAGCAUUGUGCUAUGGGUGGUAUUUUUUGGAAUCUACUCUUCUUUAUGGCCUCUUAUUCCUAUGGCACCUGAUAUGUCUGGGGAGGCAGUUAUGAUGUUCAGCUCUGGUGUCUUCUGGAUGGGCUUAUUAAGUAUUCCUUUGACAGCCUUAGUCUUCGAUGUAGCAUAUAAAGUAGUGAAGAGAGCAGCAUUUAAGACACUGGUUGAUGAAGUUCAAGAGUUGGAAGCACAGCUACAAGAUCCAGGAGCUGUAGUUCAUGGGAAAAGCUUAACUGAACGAGCACAGCUACUAAAAAAUGUCUUUAAGAAGAACCAUGUCAACUUAUACCACUCUGAAUCGCUGCAGCAAAAUUUGUUGCAUGGUUAUGCUUUCUCUCAAGAUGAAAAUGGGAUUGUUUCACAGUCUGAAGUCAUAAGAGCCUAUGACACUACAAAGCAGAGGCCUGAUGAAUGGUGAAGAACUGUGUUACAGAGGCCUAAUAUUUGCCAUAGUACGGCAAACUAAUAUAUUUUCUGGGUCUGCUAACAAGGUCCAGUAACAGAAAUUAGAGGAAGAUGUAUGUUAUUGCUCUUAUUCCCUGAAGUUUGAGUUCACACAUUGAGUAGACAUAAGCACUGUGCAAAUAUACUGUAAUACACCAUCUCUAAAUUUUCAACAAGUGUUACUUGGAUUUUGUAAACAGACAUUGAAAAUUAGCUUUAGUCUUUUCAGACUGAUUAUUUACAGUGAAGCUGAACAAGUAUUGUUCCUAUAUGUAUACUGGGAAAAUAAUAAUAAAGAAUCAGAUUACACAACAUAGCAUACAUUGACAGCCACAGCCUUUGCCAAGGUUUACAAAUAGCGAAUUGUUUAAAAAUAAUGAGCCUUUGAUUUCAACAAGUGCUAAAUAACCAUUUUUAAAAGACAUGUAUUCGUAUGAUAAGUUAAGAUUUUUAAAAAGGCAUUUGUAGGGAAUUGUGUUCAACUAGUCUAAGACAUUUGCCAAAGAUGUUCCACAUUUCUUGUUUAGUAAUAAUUUCCACAUAACGUUUUAAAGGGUAGUGAUGGCAAUGUCAAGUGUGAUGGCGGAAUUGCAUGC